UUUUUUUUUGUCCUCUCUUUAUAUUUAUAUGGCUUUGCAGCAGCUUAGCCUUGGCCCAACUCCCGUUGACGCCGUCACGAAUGGCCUUGACGCCCGCCCCAUCUCAUCUGACGGCGGAGACAACGGCAGCAAAACCCCCAGGCUCCCCCGUUGGACCCGCCAGGAGAUUCUCGUCCUCAUACAGGGAAAGAAGGUUGCUGAGACCAGGGUUCGCGGAGGCCGGGCUGCUACUCUCGCCUUUGGUUCCGCCCAGCUCGAGCCCAAGUGGGCCUCUGUCUCCUCCUACUGUAAGAGACAUGGGGUUAAUCGGGGUCCGGUUCAGUGCCGCAAGAGAUGGAGCAAUUUGGCUGGCGACUUCAAGAAGAUCAAGGAGUGGGAGUCCCAAAUUAGGGAUGACUCUGAAUCCUUUUGGCUCAUGAGGAACGAUUUGAGGCGCGAGAGGAAAUUGCCAGGGUUUUUCGACAGAGAGGUUUAUGAUAUCUUGGAAUCCGGCUCGGCUCCUUCGCCGUCGCCGGCUCUGGCUCUCGCCCUCGCUCCUGCUCCUGCUCCUCCUCCGGUCCCCCCUCUCACGUCAGCCCUAAAUUCCGACGACGCCGAGCCGGAGCACGUCUUCGAUAGUUUUAAAACUGCGGCAGCGGACGACGGCUUGUUUUCCGAUUUCGAGCAGGACGAAACCAGCCAGAGCCCCAUCAAGGAGGUCCCGGGGAAGGAGGCUCCGGUCCCGACGCCCGACGGGGAAAUCCCUGCUCCGGCACCUUUAUCAGAGAAGCCGUACCAACCUGCUAGUCAAGGUUGUCCUGAUCAAGGCACGUCAAAUGAGAGAGAAGCAGCGGCAAAUCCGGAGAUAGGAUCGAGUUUGCAAGAGGGACGGAAGCGGAAGCGCAUUGCAAAAGAGGGGGAGGAGGAAAGUAUGAUGAUGCAGGAUGAGUUGAUUGGCAUCCUGGAAAAGAAUGGGAAACUGCUGACUGCCCAACUUGAAGCUCAAAACAUGAACUUCCAGCUGGACCGGGAGCAGCGAAGAUACCACGCAGAUGGGUUAGUGACGGUUCUGAACAAGCUCGCAGAUGCUCUAGGCAGGAUCGCGGACAAGCUGUAGAAUAAGAAGCAGGCAGUGCAAAUGUGUACAUAAGCAACAACGUUUUUGUGUCUUUUUAUGACGACGACCAAAUUAGUGGAGAGUAGAAUUUACAUGGAUUUCCCCAUACACAGAUAAGAGGUUCAUAUUUGACCCCAUUUCAUUUUCUGCUAUAUUUGUAAAUCUUUAUUAUUAUUUUAUUUUCAUUAACACGCAUUUGCCUCGUUCCAUUUGUUGUU